AUCAAAUGUCUCCCUCUUCCGUUCCGAGAACUUUCGCUAGUGGUAUCGCCUUAAUAAUACUGGCUGCAGUGCUUCACAAAACAGAAAUCAAUGGUGCGCCAGUAAACCUGCCUCCUGAAGCGUUCCAAAUCGUCCAAGUUCAUGGGGUACCAUUCUACAAACUUGUCCGUUACUUCACGACGCAAACGGAGCGUCGUGAUCCAAAGGUCUACGAACUGAAUAUUUCACACUUCCAGUACUACACGCACAUCUACCAUGCUUGGAAGGAAGCCAGUAUUCACUAUUCGGCAGUUGCCAUAAAGAAAACAACGCGUGAAAUUGUCGGUGCAAAUAUGGUGUAUGUAGUACAUCAUCUGAUGAAAAUGUAUGCCCCUGAUACAAUUGGCGAAGUUCUGGAUUUCGUCAUCGCUUGCUAUAAAACACUCAGACCAUCAAAUCAUUCUGUCGGACUGGUGUCUACUUUGCGUCCACAUGUAUCCGAAUUAGUAAACAAAGCCAUGAUCCAGGAUGUGACCAAUCGCUUUAUGCAAACAGCACCAGCCAACUCAUACCACUUGCUCUGGGAGAACUCCACGACAAUGGAUUCCUUUUUGAAGGAUCUGUCGUACGAGAAAAUGUUCUGCGGAAACUCGACCAUUCCGGAAAACAAGUGUGACUGGACAUCGAUGGGUCUGCCUCCUGCCGUGAGCAAUUCACUCUGCAUAUACCGCCUUGUGAAACACUGAUGAACCGUGCACGUUGCUGUUACUUGCCUCCGAAAAUUCUUUCAAUUUUCCUCAAACCUCUGCAAAGCAUUCAAAAUCGUUGUAUAUCAAGAGUCUCCUUUUUUGUGUUUUUUUCAUUGAUUUUUGUCUAUUUGUUAGAAUUUAUGUCAAAAAAUGUUUAUUU